UAAAAGAAAAAAAAUUAAAAACUUUCAAAAUAAAUGAAAGAUGGAUCGCAAAUGUGCAAUUUGAACCAAAAAUUCACAAAAAAUGCGCUGUCCAAACGAUUUUCAUCAUAAAUUUCCCUUGCCAGUUCAAAAAAAAAACCUCAAUUAAUUGCAGUUGUGACUCGAUAGCAAAUUUAGAGCGAAUAAAUUAAAUAAAACGGAGUAUGAAAUACAAUAAAAUGAGAUGACAAGCGAAUAAGCACGCCGCGCUGCAUGCAAAAAGUGUUGCACUCAGUUUACAAUGCAAGUGCAAAAAAAUCUAUUAAAAGUUUAUCGAACUAAUUGAAUACAAUCAACGUAUCGCCGUGGCUGCCAAAAGAAGCCAACAAGCAACGAAAGCGCCAGCAGCUAAAGCAAAUAAGAACAAAUCCAAUUAGAAAAAAUAUUUGUUCAGCAAAAACAAAAGACAAUCAACCCACAGGGCGCCAUUCAAAACAAACGCGGGUCAACACCAACGCAGCGCGCUUAACAAAAAAAAAAUAUUUCGUACAUACCACCCAUUUCCAGCAGCAGCAGCAGCAGCACUGAAUGAGCAACUAGCCAAGCCAGCAGCGAUAAUUCGUCAGUAUCUUUAGAGCGUUCAGUGCGCGUUCGGGCCAAGUGUGACACGCGUCGCUGCGCUGUUUUGCGAGUUAUUGUUUGUGUUUGUGUGUAUGCGCGUUUAUCAAAUAAAAUAAAAAAUAAGACAAAUUUCAUACAUUUUUCCAAAUCUUACUAAUACAGCUUUCGAUUAUCAUAACGUAUACCAAAAAAAACAAUAAUAAUAAAAGUACCAGCAAGGUGUGAACGCACAUUUAUUUUCUGUGUGCAACCGCCGCCCUGCCAAGCGAACGACCUCCUUUUAGUUUUGCCUUUGUGUGCGCGCGCGCGCAUUGUAAAGUCAUUAUGGCCGCCACACCGUUGACCCUGAUGGAUGGCAGCAUCGCAUCAGCUACAGUUGCAGCAGAUGCCACCGUCGUCGCCGCAGUGGCUUUGGAUAGUGACAGCAGUAGUGUUGCAACAUCACCUUCAUCAACCGCCGCCAGAGCAGCGCAAGCUUCAUCAGCCGUGCGCCCAACAAUGCUAUUCGGCUCUACUGAAUAUUUAGACACAUCCGCUAAUGUGCUGGUCUCACCAAAUGGCAGCGGCAGUGGUAAUUCCGCCGCCACAUCGCCCUCAUUUCUGCCGGAGAUGCCGCAAUGGAAGAAAGACUUAAUACAGCGCCGCAAAUCGAAUGUGGCACGUACGAUCGGUGCCGCAACAGCAGUAGUGGUGUCACCGACAUCUGCGGUAUCCGCUGCAACAAUGCAACAGCAACGUGUGAUGACGGGUGGUCAACAGCCAUCGCCAACAACAACAGCUGCAGAUGGUUUCUCGCCGACUGUAAUAUCCAUAACGCCAAACAGAGACUUAUCCACGGUCGCUUCCAAAUCCGCAGUUCAAGCAGCAACCGUGACAACAACAACAACCAAAGUGAGCAAACUAACUGCUAGUCAACAACAGCAAACAGAAAAAGAACAACAACUUCAUCAACUCCAACAAAAGCUUGCAACGGUAAACACAUCUGAGCAACAACAAAUGAGUCUGAUUAUGAAAAUGCCAACGGCAACAGCCACAGUCACAGCAUCUCCCACAGCUCCAAUCGCGUCCACAGUUGGAGGAGCCACAAUCGUUUCACCAACACCACGCGCAUCAAAACGCUACUCACCAACAUGCAGCAGCAACAACAGUUCGCCAACAAAAGAAAAAUCCGAAAGAAUUCUACACGGGGGUCAUUACACGCCAAAUAGAGAACACCGCGAGAGUGGCGGCGAUCGCGCAGAUUGGGAUAUACACCGACAAAUGGUAUCGCCAACGACAGCAACAACAAUAACAUCACUUCACAAAUCAACAACAGGGGCAGCACCACCGCCAAUACCAAAGCAAAGAUCAGCGUACUCGCCGGUAAAGAAUGCUUCUUCAGCUGCAGCCAAAGAAUCGGUUUCAGGCAACGCAAAUUACCAAAUGAGCGAGAAGAGAGGCAGCGGUGGCGGCGUAGCGACGACAGCAACUCGUUUAACAGGUAAAACUGUGACGCCGGCGGCAGAAACGGUGAGAGAGGAGCUGCAGAGCACAGCUGGCGUUGAAUGUGACGGUGGUGCCGCUCAUAGUACCACUACUAUGGCCACCAACACAGCUGUUGGUGCUAGCAUUGGCCAUGCUGAUGGUGAUGGCGAAGAAUGUACAUUUGGCGAAAAGCAAGAAAACGAAACCACGACAUGCAUAACGGCAGGAGAGAGUGGUGGAACGUAUGCAGCGUCAAGCAGGCAAAUACCAUCCACACUACAGACUACAACGGCUGGCUCGCCAACUAGAGCGAGCAUGAGCGGAGCGGCAGUGACGACGGUGCCACUAUCCCCAUCGUUAGUCGCUGCACAAACAGCCCAGUCUCAGCUAUCGCAACAGUUUCAUUCGAAGAACGAGCGCGAACGUACGUACACGGAACAACGCGGUGCGUCAUCGUCGUCGUCGGUCGGAAACAAUAGUUGUAUAGCUACAACAAAAAAAGUGCAAACACCAGAAAAUACAGUAGCAGAUUGCAGCAGCGGUAGUGUUGGCUUAUCGAACAGCAAUAAUCAUUACAGCGCCACAUCCAGCCCCUACUCGCCAUCGAAUUACGUUUCGCCACCGCUUGGUAAUAGUAGCGGCGCCGCAGCAGGAAGUGGCAGCGGUAAAAUCUUUUCGAAACUCCACAAUAAUCAAUUCAUAAAGAAUCAACAACAGCAGCAUCAACAUCUGCAACAGAGCGGGGCACAAACGAGCGCUGCAACGCAAUCGAAUAUUACCGCACGUUAUCUAAAAUAUAAAUCGUACACAUCGCAUGCGCAGGAAUCUACAGGCAGCAGUGAAACUGGUUCGGGAAGUUCCAACUCAAGCGGCAGCAACAGUAGCUACUCCGGUUUGCCGGGCACUUACUCGCCAACAAAGUCGUUUGUGGCACCCACUGCAAACGCCAUUAAAAAGAAAAUGGUGGCCGUGCAGGAGAUGAAGAAGACUACACAGCCGAGUGGCAAUCACGGCCAACUACAUCCACAUCGCACACAUCAUAAUCAUCAACAGCAACAAUUCCAACAGAUGAUCAGCGCAGGAGGAGGUGGUGGCGGGACGUGUGCACGUCCUGCAGCACUCACUGGCGGUCGCGCACGUCCACCCAGCCAGUCGGAGGAGGUGGACUUCGAUCCGGCCGAGGAUCUCAGCUAUGGUCCGGGAAUAGUGUCGAAAUUGCGUUGCCGUUAUCUUAGUCUCGCUUUCCGCGAAUCUAUGGAAAAGGAGCGUCAUUGUCUCGAUAAUAUGCGGCGCGCCACAAGCCUCAACAAUCUGCUCGAUCGUGAUGAUCCACCAGAUGAUGAUGAGCCCGAAGAUGAACUGGACAGCGGGGAGGCCAUUGAAGUGGAAGUGCAUGAAGAGGAAGAAUAUGUUGAUAUGCGCACUGAUGCAGACAGAACUACAAAUGCCGAGCGCAAACUAAAAGCACAGGGUGGCAUACUGAAGUACAACACCGACGCUGCUACGCAGGAGAAUGCCAAAAAGACUACAACAUUUCAAAAGAAUUCGGGCACUUUUGCCGCGAACAGUGCGCGUUUGUUGAAUUCGCCUUCGGUUGGUGGCACAGGCGGUGCGGUAUCCUCCGCCAACGUAGUUGCUCCAGAUACGCCGCGUUCGCGUCAUGUGAAACGUGGUAAUGAUUCGUUAAAACGCGCGCGGUCCGUGGAAGCGUUGCUCUGUGAACGUUCGCCCUGGCAAUAUGCGGCGCUUAAUCGCACCAGCUAUCAGCCACAACGUUUCACGUCGAACAGUACAGCGUUCUCGCCGUCGCAGCCCACCUGCGUCACUAUCGAGGAUAAGAUAAAUAAUGCUCGUAGUCGUCUGAUACUCGGCACGGAUAUUAUGCCACCUAAGCGAUUGACCUCAGUGAUUGAUGAUACGGAAAGACCACCACCGGAUUUGGUCAAACAAACAUUGAAAAAGUUCGAAGCCACAGCUAAUCGGCGUGGGCGCGGACCGAGUCGCACGAAUGGCACCGGCGAGGUCGCUAACAAAGUGGCUACUUACAAGACAAUCAUUAAGGAGAACAAGCCAGCAAUUGUGUUUCCCAAACCACCGCUUAGUCCCACCAAGAAGUUGAAUUCAUCAUUGCUAUCAAAGCCGGCAGCUAAGCCAGUGGUGGGCGCUACUGAUUUGCUCAAUAGUCCAUUAGGGCGCAAAACCGCUGCCUUAGCCGCUUCAAAUGUCACGACUGCGCCUGGAAAGACGUUAACUUCGACGACAACCUCUAAUGUCGCUGCAGUAGCCGCCGUGCUGGCCAAUAGUAGCAGCGCAGCUGGUGCCGGCUUAUCAGAGCACUCGCCCGAUAUCAUUCCAAGACAUAAGCUUUUAGCGGAAAAGAGUGAUUUAUCGGGGCACGGGGUGGCCGAUUCGCCAGUGACAGCUUUAACAAAAAAGCUCGAAAAGCUGCGAAUUGACGGAGCAGAUAAGCAACAACAACAAGCAAUAACAACAAAGGAAGCAAAACAGCCAACACAGUUGAAUAAGCAGCCACACUCGGCACUCGAAGUAACCAACAGCGACAACGAAUUCGUCAAUAACAGCGAGUUGAACAACGACAACAGUACUAAGCUUGUGGGUGGUGUUGGCGAGGGUGAAGCGGCUGGCAAUAGUGACGCAGCCCUCGAAGGCAACGAAAACAGCAACAGCAACAACAAAACGGCAACGGCGGCGAAACAGCAUAAUGAUCGUGCAGGCACUAGCACUGUUGGCGGUGGCGAGUCAGUCGUAGAACCCGAUUCGGUGCAGGCAGGAACCGCAGCAAUUAGUAGUGAUCUUAGCGACGACGACGACGGACUUGUUGGUAUUGCCGCCGCCGCACCUACAAAACUUAUAACGCGCACAGCACUCGAUAAUAUCGCACGCGCGGGCACCACACAACAAUUCAAAUUCGCUGGCAGUGGACAAACGGAUGUCGGCAACAAAUUAUUAGAACCGAAAACGAAACAACAAACUAAUCUAAAUUCCGAUAUACCCACUUCGGUAUUGAACGCCGCACCAGGCAAACAAAUCGGGGUCAUACGCCCUCUACUCACCACAACAGCAGCGCAACAGGCUGCUGCCAACGUGAAUACUACAAGCUCGAGCAUCUCAAAUCAACAACAAUUGCUGCAACAACAUAUGGAAGCAUUGAGGCAACAUAACAUUUACAACAACUCGUCAUCAACGCUAACAACGGCCGCCACAGCAACACAUUCCUCAAUUUACCACAGCAUCCCGCAGCUGACGAGCCGCGAAAUCGAAAAGAAUCGCAUAAAUGAAAUGAAGAAAACGGUCGCCUUAGCGGAUGGUGGCCCAACAGCAGCCACUGUGGUUGGCGCCAGCGCCAAUGCCAACUCACCCGCCGCCGUACAGCAUGCCACAAUUGCUAGUCUAAAUACCGUGAUAAAUACCAAUGCGACUGGUCACAAGUCCAGCGGUUCGGGCGCUGCGUCAUCAACGCCAAUAGUUGGCGGAGGUUCAGGCACUUCCGGCUUCAAUGAACUCGAUGCGGCAGCGCAGGGCGCUAAUAAUAGUCCCUUAUGGGCGCUACGCAUCAAACGACAGACACCAAGCGCUGCACAGGAGAACACAUCGAUGGUCUUCAACUUCUCCAAUCGCAAAGAGGUGCCCGAUUAUAUUGAGAAUGAUGGGGUGAUCUUCCGCAGAAAACGUGAAUUACCCAAGCCAAAUGAAUCUGGUUUCGUGCUACUCGGUGAUCUCUCGCUGGAAACUUCAACCGAUUCAGAUUAUGAUGAUUUCUCCAUGUGCCCACCAUCUCCGUGCGAUGUUGAAUUCGAAAAUGCUAAUAUUGUGAUCGAUGGAAAGUCAAGCUUCCGACAGAAACCUAAAGAAGCAACGUUUCACGUACAAUUCAACGAUACGCUCACCUCCACCUUUGAAUAUCCCUCCGAGGCAUCGAUAGUUAUUGACGAUUCCUACAGCGAUGAUGCACUUAUAAGCGCCUACGAGAAUUUAUCAUUGAAUGAUUCAACCGAUUCCUCACCGGCGCGACACCAUCAUGUAGCCGUUGAUGAGAUUAUACAACUGCCAACACCGACGAAUACCUCGUCUCCCGCCAAUAAUGCCAGCAGCGCAACAAAUACGCCAACGAAAAAUAUACUGGGGAAUUUGCCAUUAGGUUCAGCGCCGCUCGGUUUCUAUACUCCGGUGAAGGCGCCCAUCGAUAAUCACUUUCAAUUGGGCGUAACGCGUGCACCCAAUGGAUCACACCAUGCCUACAAUAACACCUCAACACCCACAACUAACGGUACCACCAACACGAACACGAACACCGCCACACAAACUAAUGGUGGUGGUGGUUGUGGUAGUAGUAAUGGCGGCGGUAGCAGCAGCGGCGUUGACAUAGGUGACGGCGAGGAAUCGGAGAGUUUGCAGUACAUCAAACCGGCGAAUGAUGAUCUCAACAUUGCGUACAGCGAAGGCACGCAGAAGACAGAUUUGCUAUAUUGAGUGUGGACACAGUGCAGUGUAAACGUAUUAGUAGGAAGCGGUUGAGAGCAGCAAAGCAGGCAAAACAGGCGUUUUGAAUAGUAUAGGAUAUUUUUAAAUAGAAUCCACCGCCGGGAAGGGAUGAGCUUGGAUGAUAUUUAGUGGCUAGUAGCCUUGAUGGCAGAGCAACGCUUUUCUGGCUGGUUGGCCGUGCGCGUUUCGAAAAUGUUUCAUGUUUGAGCAGCACCGAAUGCUAGUUUUUAAGACGUUUCGGGCGUGCAUUUUUUUUUUUUCUUUAAUUACAUUUAAUUUUUAUUUUAUUUCAUUUUUGUUCUUAUUUUCGAUACUAAUUUAGUAAUAUGCAUUUUUCGUUUGAUGUAUGUAUUCGAAUGCACUUUUUGUGUGUAAAAUUAAUGCAAUGGAAAUUUUCUGUCUGUUAUAUAUAAACAAAACAAAACAAUAUAACUAAUA